AUGUCGCUGCCAACGUUCUUGCUGCUGUACACCUGCCUAGUGAUCAGGACGGGUGGGGUGCUAAAGCUGACGCGGUUUGACGUCACCGGCAUCGAGAAGCUCAAGAUGAAAUUCACCUUCCUUACUUGUGUUCUUCGAGCACUAAACAAAAUGCAUAAGCUGCAAGAAUGCAUUAACAAGAAGAUAAAUCAGAAACUGCGUACUGAACUUCCCAAGGCUGUUCAAGAAAUCCUAAACGAACUUGGACAGCGGCAUACAGGAGAGAUAGCGCAAUGCACGGAUUGCACUACGUUUGACGUCUAUCUACGCAAUGCGCUGACGAAGUAUGACCUAGACCCAACCCCUUUACCGAAAAUCACACAAGACCUUUUUGCAAGCCUCGCUCAGGUCCAGGUUAUCAAUGGGACCAUCCGAGGUCUGUCCAAGUUGCACCAGACUGGUGACAUCGUCCUUAGGAUUGACAAAAGUGGUGCGCGCGCCCACGUAGACGUGACAGUCAACAAGCUCUCAGUGACAUUUCAUGUGAAUUUCACCACACUGUUGACUGAUUACACAGCCAUUGUGAACGUCACCAUCUCAGCGAGGGUUAUCAUCGAGGUUAUCGAGCGGAACACCAUUCUUGAGCUGAAAAAGCUGUUGAUCACAACUGGAGCUGUAGAUGUCGAUAUAACGCCAAUAGGAACAGUCAGCUCUGUCGUGACAUUUUUCCUACCGCCGAAAUUUCUAGCUGAAAUGGUUAAAAGAAAUAUUCAGCAACUAACUAAUAGUACAAUACAAGGUGGCCUCGACGCCUUGCGCAAGUUCGCUCAAGGAGACUGAAGUGCUGAAUGAGCGCCUCAUGAACAACAUGUCCUUGAUAAAAUAAAAUGAUCAUCACAAAGCA